AUGGUUGAAGUUCGAGAAGAGAUUCCCGAACUAUUUGCAUCCACACUCGCACGCCUAGCUAGAUCUGGCACUAUUUUAGUUGAUCAACGACCCGAUCCCUCGCUCCCACGCAAUUCGCUUCCGGAACUUAAGACUUGGGAAAUUACCUCGAGCACCUCUAGUGACGAAGGAGAACUUAAAGACGAACAAGAAAAAGCAAUCAACAUUGCAAUUCAACCUCAAUCGUCAAAUCUAGAUCUCGACUCCGACUCCGACCGCGAAUCCGAUCUCAAUAAUAAGAGAAACGUAGCGACGAUAACCUCCACAGCAACAAUCACACCUCCCAGAAGUUCAAGUACAGCAACCGCGACCGAUUCCUCCUCAUCGUCGUCAACACUGGCGGAAUCGCAAACGAGUAGCGGACUGGUGUCCGCUGCUACGGGAACAACAGCCAGUUUACCCACGCCGUUUGAUAGUGGGUUUACGAGUAAUAUUACUUCAACAUGUUCGAGUUUUAUGAUGGACUUUUGGCAAAUGAGACUUUCAAAGCUUAACUCCAACUCCUUCUUCCAAGCCUCCAAAUCCCUCGUCCGCAUCACCCAAACCCUCGACGCCUCCUGCUCCGCCAACGCGCAAUCAUGCUCAACCCUGAUGUCCUCCAUCGCCUCCAACAUCACCUCCACCACCGCCUGCUCCGUUGAUCUCCUCGCCGCCAACCCGCUCGUCACACAAGCUCGUUUAGGUCUCCUCGCCUACUCCACCCUCUACACCGCAUCCUGUCUCAAAGAUCCCUCCAACGGCGCAUACUGCUACGCGCAAGCCGUCACGAAUUCCUCCUCCCCAACAGACAGCUACAUAUACUAUCUCCCUCUGAACACGAGUCUCCCCGGCGGCUCCCAACCCACCUGCAACCAGUGUCUGAAAAACACAAUGGCCGUCUUUGAAUCCGCGGGCGCGGUCAGAACGAGUGCGAUAGCGGGCACGUAUGCCCAGGCCGCUGGAAUGGUAAAUGUACAAUGCGGACCGGGAUUUGUGAAUGCGAGUUUACCUGCUGCGGCGGUGGUGACGGGCGGCGCUGGAUCACGAAUAGAUGGGUUGGGUGGGGGAAUGGGUUUGAGUAGUUUGCUGGUACUCUGGAUUGCGGUCUUUAAAUGGUUGAUAUGA